CUUUUUUCUUUCAUCUCAUUACUCCAUCCGCUUUCAUUAUGACCACGAGUACUUCGGAUAACCAAGUUGUCGUAGUUGACUAUCAAGACCUUGUCUCUGGUACUGAUAUCUCUGCAAAGAUUGAGGAGGCAUUUGGCGCACACGAGCACUGUCUUGGCUUAUUGUUGGUUAGCAACUUACCUAAAGAGUACUUGGCUCUCCGUGAGCGACUACUGAAGCUUGCAUCCACUUUUGCAGCCCUACCAGAAGAGGCCAAAGACAAGACUGUCCAUGCUGCCAGUCGUUACAGUUUUGGAUGGAGUUGUGGCAAGGAGAUUAUGAAUGGAAAACCUGACGUCUCCAAAGGAAGUUACUAUGCCAAUCCAUUGAUGGAUGAACCUGAAUCUUCCAAGAUUCUCCAGGAGCAGUUCCCCGAAUAUUGCCAUCCCAACGUUUGGCCAUCAGAAGAUCUACCCGAGCUUGAAGUUGCCUUCAAGGAAUUGGGGCAAUUUAUUGUCGAGCUCGGAAAACAAGUCGCCAAGGAAUGUGACAAACUUGUGCACUCCAAAUUACCUUCCUUCUCGCCUACGCAUCUUCAAGAUGUCAUCCGUGACUCCAAGACAACUAAGGCAAGAUUGUUACAUUAUUAUCCGCAGACCGGAACUAUCGAGGGCGAGAAGAGGGAUGAUAUGGAUUCAUGGUGUGGAUGGCAUUUGGAUCACGGUUCUCUCACUGGCCUGACUAGCGCCAUGUAUAUCGAUGAAUCUGAUAAAAGCGAAGGCUGGAAGGAGGUCAGUUGCCCUGACCCCGAAGCUGGAUUGUAUAUCCGUAACCGUGGCCAACAAGUUGUUAAGGCCUCCAUUCCUCGCGAUCAUUUGGCAUUCCAAACAGGCGAGGCUUUACAGCUAGCUACUCGUGGCUUGUUGGCCGCAACACCUCACUGCGUUCGUGGUGCAACUCCUCCUGAAAAUGAUCCCAAACACUAUGCUACAUUGGCCAGAAAUACAUUUGCAGUCUUUAUGCAGCCCUCGCUCGAAACCAUCGUUACAGAAGAUGGACGCAAUUUUGGUGAAUGGACUAAAGAGGUUUUGGACCGUUACUAUGAUAAGGACAGCAAGCAAGCCAAGAAGCAUUAAGAAAUGCAUUUAGAAAAACAGCAAUAAUAAUAAAACCCCCACAUAAUGGCGAG